AAAAACAAUGGGAGGAUGAUAUUAAGCUCUGGGUCACUAUCAAAAUCGGGUCUUCCUUGGCUCCAAAAUGAGUGGUUUCAAAAGCUCCCUUUACAUACUCUCCCCAAAGGAUGAUUAAGUCCAACAGUGAGUCCUCAGUUUCCAUUCGCCAUUUCACGUGUGGCUUUAGGUGCUAUAAGAAAUGAUCAUAAAGGGCGUGUUCCGUAGAUAUGAAAGGUGGAAUCCAGUGCACCCAACUUAUGGAGCCUUCUGGGGGAUUGGAAUUGGAAUUGGGUGUGGAGUGGGAUGGGGACCUGGUUUUGGUCCUGAGGUGAUUGGUUAUGUUGGAGCAGGCUGCGGUGCCGGGUUUAGUGUGGGAAUCACUCUGGCUGGAUUAGGGAUUGGGCUUCCUGCCAAUGACUUCUUCACAGCUCCUUUAAAUGCAUUCAUGGCUACGAGAAGUGGUGCUUUAGAUGUUGCUCGAUCGAGUGGUCUACUGAGCAUCCGAAAUGAUGGCAGGGAGGGUUGGUUUAACUUGGAUCCACAGAUUUCUGGUUUGCAGCAGAAAAUAGGAGGGGCAUUUUCUACCUUAACAGCGAAAGAUUCUUUGAAGAAUGCCAUAGAUUUCGCUGACUUGAAAACCCAAAGUUUUUUGCUUACAAAAGGUCUUUUGGAUCGAAUGAAGACGAAUAGCAAGAAUGAAAGUGAAGGUUCAGAAGAUGGAUAGCGCGAUGACAUUGUUGACUGUCAUGUUAUGAGUAUUUGAAUGGCUUUUUUCAAAACACACCGGCAUACUUCUCCGUUUACUGGAGAAAUUUUCCUCGAAUAAACAAAGAAGAGAAUACGUUACUUGUGCAUUUGGAAAACAAAAACCGAAGAUGAGAGAAAUGAAAAACAGUGAAUUGAAGUAAACGCAGUUGGUCAUUUGUUUUCGUGUAAUCUUCAAAUUAUUCCAAUCUUGUCAUUUUCCUUUUACAUGUUGCUUUUUUCUUCUGGCUUUAUCA